CAUCAUCGAUAAUGCCCGGUCAGCCUACCAGGAGGCCAUGGACAUCAGCAAGAAGGAGAUGCCGCCCACCAACCCCAUCCGCCUGGGCCUGGCCCUGAACUUUUCCGUCUUCCACUACGAGAUAGCCAACAGCCCCGAAGAGGCCAUCUCACUGGCCAAGACCACCUUCGACGAGGCCAUGGCCGAUCUGCACACCCUCAGCGAGGACUCCUACAAGGACAGCACCCUCAUCAUGCAGCUCCUGAGAGACAACCUGACGCUGUGGACAGCCGACAAUGCUGGGGAAGAGGGCGGUGAGGCUCCGGAGGAGCCCCAGAGCUGAAGCAGCCUACGAGCUCCCUGGCCCGCCUUGCCCUCCAGUCCCCAGCCUGCAGAGAGGACUAAAACGGAGUGGGACUCUGCCCUUCCCACCCCCGACUGUGCAGCCACACCUUGGAAGGGGGUACAGCCAAGCCGAGGCCACCAGGGCUGGGGAUCCCAUUCUUCGUGUAGCUAUCUGGUGGGUGUUCCCAACCCAGCCCACCCCUGCUCUCUGCACGCUCCCCCCUUCCUCCCACCACUCCUGAACCUGUCCUUCCCCCGGACCUCCCUCGGGCACCUGUUGCUUCUGGAUCCUAGGAAUCUAGGAGGCUCCCCACCCCUGUGGCUGUGAACUGGACUGUGGCAAGGGCUGGGUGUGUGUGUGUGAGAGAGAGACUGACUGUGUGAGUGAGUGAAUGAGAGGGGACACGUGUUUGCUGGGUGUGACCACGCUACCACUCAAUAAAGUUGACCUGUGACACUCGA